AUGGAAACCCAAAAGCCCGCUGCAAAGAAGCGCAAAAUCACGGACAAGAGCAUUCCCAAUGCAUUAUUCCAGUCUCCAGAGUUCACCGCCGACUCACAGAUGUACCGCGACCUGCUGGAUAUGGAGAGGCGGCUCGACUGGACGAUGACGCGCAAACGCGUCGAAGUGCAGGAUACGCUGGGGCGCGUUAUUGCAACGCCACGAACACUGCGCAUAUUCUUGAGCCAUACGGUGUCCGGCCAGACGUGGCAGAUGGUAGACGGCGCGGGGCUAGGCGGUGCGGAGGUGAAGGUGAAUCCAGAGACUGGCGAAGGUAUUCCAGCGUGGUCGUUCAGGAUAGAGGGCCGGUUGUUAGAGAUCCCCAACCAGCGUGCAAAGGACAGAGUACCGCCACGCAAAUUCUCCACAUUCAUAAAGCAGAUGGUGGUUGAGUUGGACCGUGACAUGACGCUAUACCCAGAGGGUAACAUCGUGGAAUGGGUGCGCGGGCCAAAUCAAGCACAUCUAGAUGGUUUCACCGUCCGGAGAAAAGGAGAUGGCCCGACCAAGAUCAGAAUCAUUUUACACCUGGAACAGCAGCCCGAGCAUUACAAAGUCCAUCCUGAGCUCGGCAGGAUUUUAGGCCUCAGAGAGGAAAGCAGGACGGGCGUCGUUCAGGCGUUGUGGAACUAUAUCAAAUUGCAGGGUCUGCAAGACAAGGUCGAUCGUCGCAUGGUCCGCCCAGACGCCUAUCUGCGACCACUCUUUGGUGUCGACCAGCUGCCAUUCCAAAACCUACCAGAACUGGUGAAUCGCUUCCUGCUCCCUCCAGACCCCAUCAUCCUGCACUAUACCCUGAAUCCUGCUGUACCACCCCCUGAAAAGCCAGGUGCCUGGGAUGUUGAAGUGCGGGUAGACGACUCAACGCUGAAGGGCCGCAUGAAUCACGUCAUCGUCCAAAUGGCAUCAGAGAGCGCGCGGGACUUGGCGAAAUUGGAUGACGAGAUCGCGCUGCUUGCUCAGUCGCUGAACAACUCUAACCUGAAGCGUAACUUCCUCCGUGCGUUCGCGGACGACCCGCAGGGGUUCAUCCAGACCUGGUUGGCGUCGCAGUCGCGUGAUCUCGAGAGUGUGCUGGGUAGCGGACCUAGCGAAGGCGGUACUGUGCGCCAGGAAGACCUGAAGCGCAGCGAGUUUUUCAGGCUGCCUUGGGUAGAGGAGGCAGUUGCUGUUCAAGAGGGGAUGCGUCUUGCUGCGAAGGCUGGCAUGUAG